AUGCCUGCCGUCAAAUCCACCAUCCUCGCCAUGCUGGCCGCCUCGGCCGCCGUAUCUAUGGCCCUCCCUUCUCCUCAAGCGGCGACAGACGACAUCUCGGGCCUUGCGCCAUUGCACAUGGAAGUGCAGUGCGGGUGCUGGAACCUGUGCACGCUGGAAGCCUUGGGGGAUACUUCUAUUACUGGCUGUGACUCCGCUUGUGAUCCACAAUUUCUCUGCGAAACCAUCGACGCACUGAGCGGAGGGCCGACCACGAUCGCCGCAGCGGCAACUACCCCUUUGCCAGCAGCCUCGGCUUCAGCUACAGCUUUAGCCAGACGUGAGAGACCCCAUAACGGCGCUCCUCCGCCCUUCAACCCCUUCGGACCCGGCGGCGAGCUCGAAACACUGUCAGAGUCGCAGCGAGCCAAAGCCAAAGCCAAGCGCGAGGUAGUGCAGCGAAUGAACCGACCCAUCAUCGACCCCUGCCCUCAGGGUGUCGUCUGCGAAGCGUUCGCCAAACGCGAACCCGAACCACUCCCCCUUCCACUCCCGCCGAUCGACCCCUUUGGCUGCCCGCACGGGCCGCUGCAUUGCCCUCCCCCCGUGGGCGACGCGUGGAAACGUGCCGCCGCCGCCGCCGCUGCCCGUGAUGUUGGUGAGUUCGAGUUCGAGAAGCGCCGGAUCAAUUGGGACUUGACUGUCAAGGGGUCGUGCAAUGGGGGCGGAUGUGGUGGCGAGGUGAGCGUUACCAUACACUUUUAA